AUGUUUGCAGGAAGCAUCCAGGACAGGCUGCGAGCUCGAGAGGAGGAUCGGAUCGGCGCAUUUCGGCAGCGCUCUGUGCCAGUGAACGUAUCCGGGCAUCCAGAAGCAGUGCGAGACUACUCGUCUAAGUGCCACCACAUCGCUGAGCUGAAGGAGAAAGCUCGGAGGAUUUCGACACUCGAGAAGCAGCUGCUUAUGUCGGAAGAAGCCCGUACCCAACUGACGAUGGACAUUGACGUCUUGAGUGAUAAGCUGGAGCAGGCUUCGAUCAUCAGGAAAAGAAAUGAGACGAUCAUAGAGUCGCAGAAGCAAGCUAUCCAGCAGCUGCAACUGGCCCUGCGAAAUCAACAAAAGGCCGUGGAAACGAUCCUCGGAGAGGAGGGUGACUCCCGUCAGUACAGUCAAGUGCAGAGGGAGGUCGAGGCCAGUCAGGUGACACUGAGGCAAGCGCUCGCGCCCCGCCCCGCGUCAGCCCCCCGACAGCCGGCGCAGCCAGCUCAGCCAGCGGUGCAGCGGCCUGCGGCAGGUGCGGCAGGCUUCAGUGUCUUCGGCGGAGAGAAGGAGCAAGACUCGGAGGACUCGGAGGAGACGGAGUCCAGUGCCCCCAGCGUCCCCAGUGCACCGAAACCCACAGCAAAGCUUUAUACGCCAGGGACAACUCCAAGAACUGCUUCCUCCAGUCCGCGCGUCGCAAGCCCCACAGCCAACCGCUUCAUUUAG